AUGAGCUCUGUGGAGGAUCUCGCAUUCGCCCCGACCUUCCAUCAUAUGUAUGGAGCCCAGCUCCUUGCAUCGAUUAUCAAUACCUUCCUGUAUGGGACAUCCCUGAUCAUCACGCUCCAAUAUUUCAGGAGGUUCGGACGAAAUGACCCUCUGGCUCUGAAGGGCACCGUCGCGCUGCUGAUAUGUUCAGCGACGGUGGAAACUACCGCUUCAGCUCACCAAACCUAUGAUUCGUUCAUCACAAAGUUCGGGAGACAGGAGCUCUUUAACGAAAUUGUACCAUCCGUAACAAUCGAGUUCCUCUUCGUCUAUGUCACAGCCUUCAUCGCACAAUGCUUCUUUGCAACGCGGAUAUGGAAAGUUGGCAAGCAUUUUGGGUUCAAAUUCCAGUGGUUGACAAUCCCGGUCAUUGCCCUCGCCUUCCUCCAACUUGGCGCCGGUAUCGCGCAGGUAUCAUUAAUGAUCAAGAGCAAACUGUAUAGCACCCUUGACCAGCACACGGCGACACUGGUGAAAGUAACGACGAUGCAGGGCGUCGCUGCCGCAAUCUGCGAUAUCCUGAUCACCGUGGUCCUAUGCUGGGCAUUCCAUUCUCAUCGAUCCGGCACAAGACGGACGAAUUCGCUCGUCGACAAACUUAUCAUUUACGCCAUCAAUCGCGGUUCUGCUACGAGUAUCUGCGCGCUUCUUAACGUGCUUUUGUAUUACUUUGCCUCAGGGACAUUCUAUUUCCUUAUCCCACUUCAAGCGACAACACAUUUCUACGUCAUUUCCGCAGUAACAGUCCUCACCUCGCGCGAAGGACUCCGUCAAGAAAUGGACAACUCCUUCCACCUCUCAGAUCUAAUCGUCAGUAACCGAUCAGAAGCACAAACCGCAACAUCCAGUGUCAGUCCCAACCUCAUUCUCACCGUCUCGCCAUCGUCGUCUUCUGAUGUGCGCUCGUCUCUAAAGCAGCACGACCAACGAAUGACCAAAGAAAAAGAGGGACCUCGGGAUGUUUAG